UCUACACAAAUGUACUGCACGCGUAAUUUUGUUUCACCCAUUUCACAGCCGCGACAUGAAACGUAGAUUACAUAAAAGGUUGUUCCUUCUGAUUGUGUUGUUUCUAGCAGGAAGUUGUUGUGUAUAUUUGAAAAAUAAAAUUAUCUUACAAGAGCAAGUAAUAGAAAUAUCAAAGGAUAUCAAGAAAAAUGAAAUUUAUCCACUAUAUAUUGAACAUAUUUCUGCAUCCAUUUAUGAAAACGCCGAUGAAGUUUCACAUCAAGCACAUAAAAAGGAUUGGAAAUAUCUAAAAGAGCUUAAGGAAAAGUUAAAGGGUGACGAUCUUUCUAGAGGUAUAAAAUUUGAGGAAGAUUUCUUAAGAGCAUAUCUCAUAAGUACUGAUUAUGAAAUCGAUAUAGCAUUUUGGAAGAUUCUAAACUUUUUGCGAUUGAGAGAAAAUCACGAAUAUUUCUUCCGUAACGUAAGUUUUGACUUCACCCAAUACGAAGACUACAGAUUUGUCUCUAAAUUGCCUCAUCGAUUAAAGGAUGGUUCUGUAACUAUGGUUUUUCAAUUGGGGAAAUGGAACCCAGACAUAGUUCCGUUGGAGAUUCUGAAGCAAAUAAUAUUCAUGGUACACGUACAGGAAUUACGUAAUCCUAUGACUCAAGCGAGUGGUUUCAAUAUAAUUUACGACUUUAAAGAUUCUGGAUUUCGACAUCUCAAGUACGGCACUCCUUAUAAUCUACGUCUGAUACAUGACGUCUCUUUCGAAGCUCUUCCAGCAAGGUUUCUUGGGUUCCAUAUGAUCAAUAUCAACUCUAUUGGAAGAAUCCUCCUGGCAUUGGCAAGACCAUUUUUACCACAAUACGUAGAAAAAAUCUUUUAUACCCAUUCUUCGCUGAAGGAACUACUUAAUUAUUAUCCCGUUUCAAUGCUACCUGUUGAAUACGGUGGAAAUCUCACAGAUUAUUACCCGGACGAUUGGAUUAGGAAUGCGAAUAAGGAACAUGGAAAUUUUCCGCUAGGUGGCUUAAAGAAUAUUUUUUAAUGUAAUUAUUUGUAAUUUAUAUUUAUAAAUAAAGGAAUAUGUUUUGUCACUCA